CAGCACGCUGUACCAAUCACGGACCUCUUCGCUUCUUACUUUUUUCAUGACUAUAACAAACCUCAUUUCUGUUUCCAGCUGUCAGUGGCCGAGGUGGAACUUCGUGCAGCAGCAGAGGAGCGUGACAAACUGCUUAACGAUGCCAACUACAGCAGCCUGCAGAACGACGAGGCUGUCACCAAGGCGCGCCAGGAGAGGGACGAGGCCAUCGAGAGGAAGAAGGCUGCUGAGGUGGCUUUAGCGAAGACCAGAGUGGAACUAAUGCAGGCGAACAGCCAGCUGUACGAGGCGGUGCGCCAGAAGGUGGACCUUGGACAGCAGCUCGAGCAGUGGCAGAUGGACAUGCAAGAGCUGAUCGACGAGCAGAUGAAGCACAAGCUGACUACGCAGGAGAAGCGCAGGAAGCUCCCGGAACAGCCGCCGCCCACCAGGACCUCGCGACUCCUUGGAUUUUUUCACCGGUGAUCUGUUGUACCCCACUCUUGGUGCGUCUCUGUGAAGCCGUAGACCACACUACCAUAUCAACCCUCUACCUUAUCAUCAUCAAAUACUACCAUACAACUACAUUACCAGCUGCCUACAGCCUAUUUUUAAUACUUUUGUACAAAAAUCUGUCAAAAUUGCUAGUAGCGACCGCCAUCUUGAUUUACCGUACGGACGCAUUCGCGAUCACCGAAUUUUUAGGUUAUGUUCUAAUUUUAUUUUAUAAACCGUGUGAUUUUUAUACUAUCGCAGUGAUAGUUAGUAUCGUAGUUAGAUUGGUUUUAAUUAGUUUACAAUUACUUUUUAAUGUUUUAUUGUGUAUUUUUAGUUUUUCACUGUAAAAUGGCUGUAUGAUUUGGCACUCGGGCAUUCUUCAUAUUCCUUUGGGGCGGAUUUAGUACAACAGAUUAUUAUGACGGACAGAAAUCCAAGAGAAUUAAUAUCUUCGGUCCGUCGUAAACGAUUAACGAUAGAUUUAUGUAAAAACGAAUUGUUCAGAACGAAAAAUGAACACUAACGUAAUGUAAGUCAUUAAUCCGCCAUUUUAAUACUUCAGCCAUUUUAAAUCUUAACGUACCCAUUGCUUUAUUUGUAAAUAACAUUUUAAUUAUUGAGAUUACCUUAACUAUGUAUUGUAUAGUUGGUACUUAAAUACGUAAAUCGUCACUUCAAGUGAGAUGUUUGGUGCACCUAAAGUGUAAAAUUAGAUUUACCGCCUGUUCUACCACGGAUAAUAUAUGGGUAGAUUUUUUACCGCAGAUCAAUUUACAAAGUGAAUACAAAGGGACUGAGUUAUAUGAUUAGAAAAAAAUCAUAAUUCUGUAAAUUCCUUAAUGUUCGUUUAAAUUUUGGCCUCCGUUAUAUGAAAUUGUGCAAAUGGCUGUGGUCUGUUUCUGGACAAUAACAAGAUAAGUAAUAAAAUCUGAUUUCCAGAUCAGACAUUAUAAUUGGAUUUUUCUAUUAGAAAAAAUCUUAAUUAAUAAUAAGGUACGAAUUGGAUUUGUAAUGGUUUAACCUAAUUUCGGGACCCUAAACUUUUAAGGGCCUUUCAGAUAUAAAUUAUUUAAAUUAUACAAAAAAUCUCUAUUAAUAUAAUUUACUUAAUAUUUGUUAUGUCUAUAACUCAGUAUCUUUUAACAAAGAAAGAAAGAAAAGAGUUAUUUACUCUCUUUCCCCAAAUUUGGUACAAAAUGGGCCAAUAACGAUAUCCUAUUAAAAUGUGGUGGAACAGGUUCUUAGAUAAUAAUAAUAAUAGAUUGCUAAUUAAUGAAGAACAUUUAAUAGCCAUAUUAUUUACAUUACUAUGUCUACUGGAUAUAAGACCCACUUUAACGGUUAAGGUCUAAAUUGUCCGGAGAUUUUAUAUAGGUAUUGUCUGGUUAUUUUAUGCAAUAUUCAGUAUUUUUUAGUUUGCCCGACUCUGAGUUUGUCUAUCAGUUGUAUGCGUUGGACGCGCAGCUAAAACACAAGGAUGCUGAUGCACACAUCUAUCAAAUAUAAUAUAAUGUAUACCGCACAGUGUGCUUGGUUUGGUGACCUUUCCGUGCAGUCAAGAAAAUUAUGCCUGAAUAUACAACAGGCACUGCAUGUAAAGAAUGGCCAUAAUAUCCAUAUUUUCUAUGUUUAAUGCUGAUAAUGAUUCAGAUACUACCAAACUUACCCCGGACAAUAUCGACAUUAACCAACAAGUGUGUAACGAACGCAAAUCGUUCCUAAUCUGGUGGAUUUAUUAGAAUAAUUUGUGUGUAGUUAUAUUCACGAGUAUGUAUAGUAGUUAAAUAAAUAUCACAUAUUUAAACAAUAUAUUUUGAGUUCUGCAAUAGUAAUUUAGUAGGUACUUAAGUGUUUGUGCCUUAAGAAGUACCUGGCCUUAAAAAGUGCCUUUCUAGUAAAGUCAAUUGUAUUUAUUAUGAAUAUACCGAUGCAGCCUUAGAAGAUAAACGGUGAGUUUACACACUGAAAGAUCAAUUAACGAACUAGUUUAUAAACUGUCUUGUGAACUAGUUGAUACGAUCAACUAGUUCACCGACUAGUUAAAAUAAUUUAUUUGGCCGUUAAUGUUUAAGCAAAAUACAAUUUUUGGAUAGUGGAUAUGGUAGAUGUAACUUUUUAUUUGUGCACGCGACUUGCCAAAAAUAUACUUAUCUAAUACCAAACCUUAAAUUGGUCCUAGUAGUUUUUUGUAAGCAAGGAUAACAGCACAGAUUCCCUCUUGAUAACCUGUGAAAGUGUUAUUUUUUAUGCUUAUUACAGAAAAGUUACGUAUAUCGUACACACGAUUGAAACUAUUAUACCUACUUGAAUUUGCAAAUUACCGAAAUUCGGUCAAAAUGACACAAAAUGGCUCUACAACUAAGUUAUAAAACGGCCUUUGUAAAUUAAUUUUAGUUAAGAGAGUACUUAAUAAAAUCUUGGAACAACCAACGCUCUCUUUAUAUGCAUUUGUGCAAUAAAACUUGUGAAACUCUACCACGAGUCUGUAUAAGUUCAGUUAAACAGAAACAGUCGUCUCCAAAAGUCUUUGAACAGUUAUUUUAAAAGAACUAAUGAAAAUUCCGUCGGUACAAUUUCAGUUAAUGUACUAGUACAUACUAUUUGGUUAUUCGACUUUUGCUUUCGACUGUAUCUUCUAUCACUAUGUACGAACAUGCUCAAGUAUAUUUAAUUCAUACACAUAAUGCUCAUAACUUGAACGUUUUCUUCUUAAAUACAAAUCAAAAUGAAGAAAAACUAAAUACUUAGUCAAUAUAAUGAAACUCAAACAGAUUGCUUGAACGAGAAAUUAUGCUAUCAAAUAGUAAACAUGAACAUUAACAAAAACUGUAAAAUGUGGAAUAAAUAAUUUAAGUUCGUUCCUCAAAAUGGCGACAGUGGCGCUAGUGCGCAUGCACGUCAGAGAAUUUUAAUUACAAAGGUAUUGCAAAGGAAAAAGCUCAUUCAUCCUCAAAUAUAUUUUUGUUUACUUAACAAUGCAAUAGGAUAAUGCAAAAGCAAUUAAAAACUGCAAUAUGUAUUUUAUGUGUAUAUAAUAUUAUGUAUAGAAUAUUAAACAAUAAACUCUAUUCUUUAUGUCAUUGUAAUAAGAUUUAAAAUAUAUUUGUCACCAAUAAAUGAGAUAUUACAUUAUUGUACUUAAUUUAUUUUUAAGACUGAACUAAUUAUUGAAUUAAAAUAUUGAUUUUAUAUUUGCUGUAUUCGAAAUUAAUUUUAUUUGAAAAUCAUUCUGUAUUCACAAUAAUUCUUGUACUUAAUUUUUAUUUUCUAAGCACAAAACACAGUUAUGGCGAGUGUAACUUCUUAGUCAUUCCAUUUUUAUAUUAAUUAUUGGGGUUUAUUACAUUAGAAUUUUUUUUUUUUAAUUAAGUGCCUUCAAGCGCCUUAUAGAAUAUUUCCGAGCCUAAGUAAUUAUUUUGGAUAAACAAAUCUACACAUAUUUGUAUACAUGUAAAUCGAUGUCGUAUUUUAUUCAUUUUUCCUACAUAAUAGUUAAAUAUUAAAAUUAUUUUUCCUCUGAAAUAACAUAAUCAUUUUUACUUUUUAAAAAUGACCGUAUGUUACGGGGGAAAAAUGUUUUUAGCAUUUUGAAUUACUAUGUAGGUGUUGCCUGAAAAAAAUAUAAAAAUUAGCAACUUCUUUGAAAUGUCAACUAAAAACUUAAAAGUAAAAAAUCCUAAUAAUUAUUUAUGUACGUUAAUAUAUUGCAACAUGAAUUAACCUUUGUUUUAUUCGCAAGUGUACUUAAAAAAACACAUUUCUUAAGUACUUAAUUAAUCCUAAUUUGUAAGAUCUUAAUAGUGACUAGAAAUAUCAUUAUGAAUAAUUAAUUAUGUUUAUGAAAUUAAUUAAUAAAGAAUGAGUUUAAACUGA